CCAAUUCAAUUUGGCAUAGAGGAACCUGGCGUAGGUGCUCCAAUUCACAGCAACGUUCAAGCCUCAAAGUCUUGUGAAUGCGAACAAGCGAUGAGGCCAGGGAAGGGGACACCGGGGUCCUGUUGGUGUUCUUGGCAGCUUUGAAAGCCUCCGACUCAGGUACACACGGUGUCGUUUAUGAUGAGCCGCGUAGGGUGUCCAGCAUUGACCUAGCAUGGUAAGUGGGAGUCACUGGCUUUGGUGCAUAUUCUCCCAAAGUUUGUCUCGGCCACGCUCGUUCUCGCACAUGAAGACCCAUGGUUGCAGACCCGUAUUUCAAAGAUGCCAGUUGCACCGCCGGUUCGCACUGAACUCAAAGAUUUAAAUAGUUUAAAACGAGCCAUCUUGAAUACCAGAUAGCCUCAAAAGACAAGUCCAUUCAUGUCAGGGAAUCGGCUGUCGCGAUGGAAGGACAACAACGAAGACGAUGAUCACUCAUCCGGGAGAACGAAGCACUCUGUGGAAAAAUCUGACAGAAAAUGUCGUUGUCAGACUCGUAUGCGCGGAGAAUUGUCGUCAUGGAAAAGUUCACGCUGAUUCCGUUGGUCAUUUGGCAUUCAUGAUUCCUUACGGCAUAUCUUGCUUCGCUCGGCCACGAAUACGCGAAGACCCUCGCGAAUAUAAGGUAUGGUGCUCCAGGUAUCGUAUCACUAACUUUUUCCUCUCUCUGUCUCUCGUUGCUCUCAUUCCAUAGCCAAGACAGGGUCUUGACCUUUUGCUUUCAUUCACCUGGUCGCUGGCGGUUGCUUUCCUUCACAUUUCAUUCAUUCACCUUGGUACUCCGUUGAUCGAAGGAUAUCUUUGAACCAUGCUGUCUUACAAGUUUGCCGCUCUUUGCCUUGCCUACAUCGCCUGCACAGGCUCAGCUUUACCCAUCCGACGUGAGGUUCCUCAAGAGCACUCGCACGAAUCCAUCAUUACAGUGGUUCGCGUAAGUUUAAACCUCGACAAUCCUGACCAGAUUCAGGACCCCGUCUUCGCAUUGCUUGGUGAUGCAGCAGCAGCCGCUGGCGCAGGGAACAUCAAUGACCUCUCGUGUCUUCAGCAAGCUGUUGCUGAUCAGGCCUUCACCAAUGCAAAGGCAGCCAACGAUGUGGCGGGUAUGACCAAUGCUCUCAUCUUCCGAGCUCUAGAGCGUAACACUGGCCAAGUCGGCCUCAAGAGCGCACUUUGCACUCAGACCGCCAAGAACCCUGAGAUUGCGGCCUUGACUCAACAUCAGGAUCCCGCAUCUGACGGUGCUGCAGCGGCAAACAAGGCUGUCACUCUUGAACUCGCCAAGCAGAUUGCCUCCAUUGGCGGUGAUCCUCUGGAUGCUCUCAAGUCCGGUACCUUUGCGCCUGGUGAUCUCAAUGAUGCUACCGCCAAAGGUAACACGUGUGAUGAUGCCGAUGAUCCUAAUGGGUGUAUCUUCACUCAGAACCUUUUGGUGCCUGAUGCGACUGAGGAUGAGAUCAACGCCGCUGUAGCUGGUGUGGCUAACAAUGCUGCCAGUGGCUCUAACAGGGCUGGUUCCUCUAACAAUGCGGGUUCCUCUGCCAAUACAGGUUCGACCACCGAUGCAAGUGACUGCGCUGCAGCUACUGUCACAGUAACAGCAAGCGAUGCGGCACAAACCACUGCUGCUUCAAGUGUCGCUACGUCAGCUGCACCUGCAACGACCACGAACGCAGCUGGGGCAAAUAAUGCAGCCGCGGCAGGUAGCGCAGCCGCAUCAGGUGGUAAUCUGCAGACGUUUAGCGGUGCUCUUGGUGGAGUCAAGGCACCUACUGUUACAGCAGGCGGCAGAGGCUUCGUCGUCGAAAACAACGAUGACUUCCUCAACCUCGCUGCUGCUCUCGGCCGAUCCUGCGACGUUCAGCACAACCAAUGUGCGAACGCGGCCAACAGUGGUGGAGCAUUCUCCGUUACCGAUUGUGACCAGCAGAACACCUCUUGCAGAGCUAACAUCCAGUGAUCAGCCUUUCCCGUCCCGUGCUCAUUGAUCCCUGUCUCCUUGAUCGGAACUCAUACCAUUGUCCCUUUUAUUUCCUGAAGGAAUUGUAGGGGUUUAGUUUAGCUCACUUUCCCCUCGUUUGUUCGUUCAUUUCACGCUCCAGCUUUGUUGUUGGCUACUUGCCUAAUAUACGUGCAGAUUGAGAAGAGG